AGGUAAUUUGGGAGGAGGAGGGAGUGUCUGCAGGGCUCCUGCUACUCCCAGGUGGAGCUCCUGCCUCGGAGCCCGGCGGGAGUCCCAGCUCUGCCAAGUGUAACCCACUCAGAGUCUCUGCGUCUGGCCAGUGCACCUCAGGGAGACUCCUUCGGGGCCCAGGAGGCCUGAGACGGGACCUCUACGGGGAGAGGGAGGGCCGGCCCUAGGGGCUGCCGAUGUGGCCCCAAGGCUGAGUCCAGGCUGGGUCUGGCCUGGGCCCCAGCCUCCCAAGGAGCCGGCCCUACACUCCAUGGGGUUGCCGCUGCCCAAGGAGAAGGGGCUCAUUCUCUGCCUGUGGAGAAAGUUGUGUAGAUGGUUCCAGAGACAGGAGUCAUGGGCUCAGAGCCAAGAUGAGCAGAACCUGCUGCAGCAGAAGCGGAUCUGGGAGUUGCCGCUCCUCCUCGCUGCCAAAGAGAAUGACGUCCAGGCUCUUACCAAGCUGCUCAAGUCUGAGGCCUGCGAUGUCCACCAGAAAGGAGCCCUGGGGGAGACAGCGCUGCACAUCGCUGCCCUCUAUGACAACCUGGAGGCUGCCCUGGUGCUGAUGGAGGCUGCCCCGGAGCUGGUCAAGGAGCCCAUCACAUGUGAGCUGUGUGAAGGUCAGACGGCACUGCACAUAGCCAUCAUGAACCAGAACAUGAACUUGGUGAAAGCCCUGCUCACCCACGGGGCCAGCGUCUCUGCAAGAGUUACAGGCCUCAAGUUCCGCCUCAGUCCCCAGAACCUCAUCUACUUUGGGGAGCAUCCUUUGUCUUUUGCUGCCUGCAUGGGCAGUGAGGAGAUGGUGAGGCUACUCAUUGAUCAUGGAGCUGACAUCCGGGCCCAGGACUCCCUGGGAAACACAGUGUUGCACAUCCUCGUCCUCCAGCCCAACAAAACCUUUGCCUGCCAGAUGUACAACCUGCUGCUGUCCUAUGACGGGCGUGGGGACCACCUACAGUCCCUGGAGCUCGUGCCCAAUCACGAGGGUCUCACCCCCUUCAAGCUGGCCGGAGUGCAGGGCAACACCGUGAUGUUCCAGCAUCUGGUGCAGAAACGGAAGUACAUCCAGUGGACCCUCGGGCCCCUGACCUCCACUCUCUACGACCUGACGGAGAUCGACUCCUCGGAGGAUGAGCAGUCCCUGCUGGAACUUAUUGCUACCUCCAAGAAGCGGGAGGCUCGCCAGAUCCUGGACCAGACGCCAGUGAAGGAGCUGGUGAGCCUCAAGUGGAAGAGAUACGGGCGGCCGUACUUCUGGGGGCUGGCUGCUGGGUACCUGCUGUACAUCAUCUGCUUCACCAUGUGCUGUGUCUACCGCCCCCUCAAGCCCUGGACCAACAACCAAACUGACCCCCGAGACAACACCCUCCUGCAGCAGAAGCUACUUCAGGAGGCCUAUGUGACAUCCGGGGACCACCUCCGGCUGGUGGGGGAGCUGGUGUCCAUCUGUGGAGCCGUGAUCAUUCUGCUCAUAGAGGUGUGGUGUGGGCAUGAUUGGGUGGGAUGCUGCUGUCGGCCCUGGGGUUCCGGCCCGAGCUUCGGUCCCCAUGGGCCUUUGUGUCUCCCUGGCUUCCCCUCCAGAUUCCAGACAUCUUCCGCGUGGGGGUCAUUCGCUUCUUUGGACAGACCAUCCUUGGCGGGCCGUUCCACGUCCUCUUGUGAGUGUUCUCCCUGUCGCCCCAUCCCUUUCCUCACCACCGCUCUGGUUUCACCAUUUCCCUCCCCUGGGUCCCUGACCUCCGGAGAAGCCCGACUCCAGAGACCCCUCUCUGAUGGGUGUGUGACCCUGUGUGGGGGAUCGCAGAUGCAAAAUAUGGGGGGCAUGGGUCCCAUCUCCACCACCCCCUUGCUUUUAGACCCCCAGGACCAUCCCGAUCUCCCUCUCUGCUCCCUCCCCAGCAUCACCUAUGCCUGCAUGGUGCUGGGCACCAUGGUGAUGCGGCUUUCCAACACCGACGGCGAGGUGGUACCCAUGUCCUUUGCCCUGGUGCUGGGCUGGUGCAAUGUCAUGUACUUCGCCCGAGGAUUCCACAUGCUGGGUCCCUUCACCGUCAUGAUCCAGAAGAUGAUUUUUGGCGAUCUGAUGCGAUUCUGCUGGCUGAUGGCUGUGGUCAUCCUGGGUUUUGCCUCAGCUUUCUUUAUCAUCUUCCAGACAGAGGACCCUAACAGCCUGGGCCAUUUCUACAGUUACCCCAUGGCGCUCUUCAGCACCUUUGAGCUGUUUCUCACCAUCAUCGAUGGCCCCGCCAACUACGAUGUGGAUCUGCCCUUCAUGUACAGCGUCACCUACGCCGCCUUCGCCAUCAUUGCCGCUCUGCUCAUGCUCAACCUCCUUAUCGCCAUGAUGGGUGACACGCACUGGCGGGUGGCCCACGAGCGGGAUGAGCUCUGGCGGGCCCAGGUCGUGGCCACCACAGUGAUGCUGGAACGGAAGCUGCCUCGCUGCCUGUGGCCUCGCUCCGGGAUCUGCGGGUACAAGUUUGGGCUGGGGGACCGCUGGUUCCUGCGGGUGGAAGACAGACAGGAUAUCAACCGGCAGCGUGUCCAGCGCUAUGCCCAGGCCUUCUACAACUCGGACUCUGACGAUGACAUGGAGAAACCAUGUCUGGGCGGCCCCUUCAACGCCCCCCAGUCCCUUCAUCCCCCCUCAGUGUCUCGAAGUACCUCCCGCAGCAGCACCAACUGGGAGAGGCUUCGGCAAGGGACCAUGAAGUCAGAGCUGAUGGGAGUGGUCAACAGGGCCCUGGAGGACGGGGACAGCUGGGAAUAUCAGAUCUGAGCGCCUCCUGCCACUGUGGAGCCCAGCGGCACCCACAAACCAAAACGCCCCAGACCUCCCAUCUGCCAGGUCAAGGGAGCAGAGGAGAACAAAUGGAAGCCCAGGAGUGGGGCCCACGUCUCACCCCAAAGCCAGGGCCUCACGAGGAGGACCCCGCCUCACCCACGCUGGCCCUUAGCGAAUGCGGCUGCACUGUCUGAGCAAAGCACUUUAGGAGAGGCUUGCUGCCCAGGCACCAGCCGCUACCCCGGUGUCACAGCUGCAGACAGCUGAGGCGGCUGUGGAAAGGGUGUUGUAAAUGAGGGAAUGGGUGCCCCCUGGGGGUGAAGCCACCUCCUACCUUCCAAUAAAGUCAUUGCCUGCUCCGUC